CCAGUAUGCAGCAUCACGUCCGCAUGUCAGGUAUGAGCGGAGAGCGCGUGUGGGUGCGUGUGGGAGGUGGGACGCUGUAGGGAGCUGCGGGGCCGGCGGAGAGCGCUGCCGCCACUGCUGAAUGGGAAUCUCUCCGGCAACUCCAGCAGACCGCUGUCUCACCCGCGCGCUCCGCGUCCUCAAAGCAAGCGGCGCGUCUCCAAGUGCGGCGAGCUCGCUCAGUAGCUCGGAUCGGACGUCCACCCUCCAAGCACUUGUUCUCGGCUGGCGGCGCGAGACGGCAGCAUGCCCGCCAUCAAGAAGGAGCGCCCGGACGGCGACGAAAUGGCUUUGGCCGCCUUCAACCGCUCCGAAUACUUGGCCCCUGUGCCGGUGGUGACCCCGCACCCGCCGCCUUACGAGCACAUUUUGGCCCACCACCGCGCGUACAUGGGGCUGCACGACUCCACGCUGCAUCACCAGCACAUCCAGCACGCCACGGACGACUUAAUGCUCGAGCGCUUCUCCUCCAUCCCGGACUUCCAGCCCUUCUUUGACAACGGCGAGCCCUGCAUCGAGGUGGAGUGCGGGGAAAACAAGGCUUUGCUUUACAUUAACAAACUCUGUCAAGGCAGCAAAGGACCCUCCAUUAAAUACCGGGGCGAGUGGCUCACUCCAAACGAGUUUCAGUUUGUCAGUGGCCGGGAGACGGCCAAGGACUGGAAACGGAGUAUUCGACACAAAGGGAAAAGUCUCAAGACGCUCAUGUCCAAAGGAAUCUUACAGGUGCAUCCUCCCAUCUGUGACUGUCCAGGUUGUAGAAUCUCCUCUCCCGUGAAUCGAGGCCGCCUGGCUGAGAAGCGCACCAUCCCGCUGCCCCCCAACCGGGUGGCCAAGAAGGAGCUGGCCUCCAUCUUCAGCAGCGACGACAGUGAAGGGAGCGAUCGGGCCAGUGGGGAUCAUGGCCUCAUCAAGCAGGAGGACGAACUUCAUUACAGCAUCGUACGAAAGAGCCGCGACAGCGACCUCUCUACAAUCAUCUCUAACCUGCACCACAGCAGACAGCACGGCACGCCCGAGGGCCAGUCAGUCUCCGACCUCAACGCCAGCACAGGACACACAGAUGACCUAGUAGGCAAGAGGAGAAGCUUCUCUCCCAACAGCAGCAGCAAUUCUCCCUCUGAAAGUAAGAAGUCACGCAGCGUAUCCCCCAAAGAGACCGCCCAAAACCCAGAGGGGGAAGCAGGUGGCAGUCACAGUCACAUGAGCCCUGAGGAGCAUUACCGGCGCAUGAUGUCAGCGCUCAGCGAGCACGGAUCCUACGAGGAGCAGCAGCAGCGCCUCUACCAGCUGGCCAGCAGCAUGGGACUGCCCGGACACGACGUGCUGCGCGCACAGCAGGAAGCGUUGGCUGCGGCGGCGAGGAAUCCGGCGGCCUUAGAAGCUCACCUGCCCACGGGAGGCAGCUCGUCGUCAUCCAGCCAGCGACGUAAGCAGGGCCUACCGCAGCACCGGGAUGCACAUUACACUGACAGGGAACUGUCCCAACCUCCACCCCUCCUCUCACCUCAGACAGCCCCUCAUAUCGCGUUAGGACCUCACUUGCGGGCUCCUUUUUUAGGCUUGCCCUCAGCUCUCUGCCAGGCCCCUGGCUAUGGAUUCCUGCAACCCGCUCAAGCUGAAAUAUUUGUGCGGCAACAGGAAAUGCUGAGGAAGCAAAAUCUAGCAAGACUUGAGAUGUCAGCCGAGCUACUGAGACAGAAGGAGUUGGAGAGUCUCCACCAGCGACAGCAGCAGCAACUGCUGAGCUCCGACCCGCUUGCCGCUCUCCCUGCCGGGCUGCCCUCAGACCACCCGGCCCUGCGGAGCCUCCAAGACAUCCCCGAGGGUCACCCGCUCCGAGAGGAACUGGCCCGCCGCUCCAAUGCCAUGAUGGUGCUCCGACACGGGGCGACGGCGCCCCUCCUGAGCGUCAACCAGCAGCAGCAGCCGAAGACGUCGUCCACCCACAAAGACGGCCAAGCGCAGAGCGCGGCGGCUGGCUCAGACGCCGACUCUAGGAAGGCCCUCCGCCGGGGCCCUCAGACUGAGCUCCGCACCGGCCAUCACAAAAGAAGAAGAGAGGACAGAGGAAGCGAGGAAGACGAGGAGGACAUAAAAGACUCGGACAGCGAAACGGAACCGUGCGAUGAGAGGCGGGAAGCUGCCGGUGCCAAGUCUCGGAGUAAACACAAGGACAGGGGGACUAGAGAAAAAGACGCUAAGGGGGCAUGCCACGGCGCCAAGGAGAGCCGAGAAAGCUCGGACCGACUCGACGCGCAUUAUGGUUCUUUGGGCACCGACUCGCCCAGUCGCCACCUGUUCACCUCAGUGCUGGGAAAGGCGGAUGUCAAGCUCCAGCUUCCAUCUGGAUUUGUGCCACCUCUGCCUGCUCUUCAAGGACAGUCGUUGCCCUUCGGCUUCCCCUACAUCAACCCUUACUUUCACAUGGGCUCUGUGGGAGGUCUUUUUAUGGAUGGGGAAGACUCGGCUCCAGCGAACCCCGUGGAGGACAUCAGCAAGUGGAGUGUGGAGGACGUGUGUGGCUUCAUAAGCAGCCUGGCCGGAUGCGCUGAAUACGCUCAGGUUUUCCGGGAGCAGGUCAUUGAUGGGGAGACAUUAGCUCUGCUCACUGAGGAGCACCUGCUCGGCAUCAUGACACUAAAGCCGGGUCCUGCCCUCAGGAUUCGCUCGCAGGUGGCGCGGCGCAUUGGCAGGCUUUUCUACAUGACCGGAUUCCCACUGGCGUUCCCGUUCCCGCCGUCGGCCACCCUCCGCCCCUCAGAGUGCGACGGCGAGCCUCCGGGCGUGCCCCCCGACAUCCCGUCCUUGCCCCUCUCCCUGCUCCCGAGACCCACGUCCGCAAGCGGUAGCUCUUCUCCAUAUGCCGGGCCCACCCCGGGCAGCUCCUCACCCAAGCAGGAAAAGGGGAACGGUUCCACGGUGGUGGGAAGAUAAGGGGUGACUUUAAACUUCUCGGCCUUAAAGUGGAAAUUCAUGAAUAGGAAGAAGAAAAAAAAGGCGAUAUGAAGGAUGAUGCAGACUAUAACCGGCAGACCGAUCAGCCGGUGAGUUCCUGGCCGGUGGCUGUAUCCCAACAGAAUCCAAAGAAAGUGGCUUGGGAGACGCGAAGAAGAGACAGCUGGUCACAGACGGCAUGCCAAAAAAGAGGCCUCAAACGACACAUUCUUGCGGAAAGCCGGCCGUCCUUCCUUCUUUCCUUCCUUCCUGUGCUGGCUCCUCCAUCCUGCCCCAAAGUUCUUUUCUGGACUUAUCCACUGCAAGCCCCACACAAUCCAGGAAUAAGACUCAUCCCCCUCCCAUCCACCUCGUCCGGCCUUGGGAAGCGGUCAUCGUCGUCUUCGGGGCUGGAGCGCCGCCACGCUAAAACGAGCUCCGUCUUAUCACAGCAACUAUGCAUUCCACUGUCCCAAUACCAAAGAUGACCGGAUGAGUGGAAUUCAAACCAUGUUUCUGCUUCUGUUUGCAUGAAGGCUGUCAGAGAGCUAGAAAGACACAGAGGAAUCGUGCUAGUGCAUCAACAUGAAGCGCUACACGGUACUGAGAACUAUUUGGGCCACACUGACAAGUAAAACAAGGCGCUAAUUGUAAUUCCAAAUUUGAGAUUUUGCAUGAGUAAUAGCUCCAUUUUUCACAGGAGAAAUAAAUAUAAUUAGGAGAUGAAAUAAUCCAGGUGUAGUCCGGCCUGAGGUCGGGAUAGAAAACGGAUACUGGAAAUGGAUCACAAGAAAGAGAUGGGUUAGAAUUGUCUGAUUAUUACAAAGGCCAAACCUCACAAAAAUAACAAGCAAGUGGGUGCAACUUUACAAAACAACACAAAAUCAUUUUCCAACUGACAAUGUCAAAACAUUUUUUAACAGGGCAACUUUUGCGGGAAAAAAGUUCCAAUAUUACAAGAAAAAGUUGUAAUUUUACAUAAAUAAAAAAAAAUCAUUUGAUGAUUACAAAAACACUAUCGGAAUGAUUAGGAUUUUCAAUUCUAAGGGGUACGAAGUUCCAAGGAACUUUGAAAUGAAAUAAUAAUACUUCUACUUUAAGAGGAAAAAAAAAUAUAUGAAUGUUGCAAGACAAAAAUGGCAGAAAAUGCACAUACUGUACCUGCAUUAAACACAGACAUGUAUAUAUUUUUAGAAUGAGCUUCUGCAACAUACAGUCAGUACAUGGAAGGUGUGUUUCUCUUAAUUGAAUGAAUUUUUCUUUUCAGUGUGGCCCUCAUAGUACUUCAUCCAACAGGACACGGGUGUUGCUGCAAACAAUAGCUGACAUCUUUGUACACUUGUGUUGACUACUGUGGAGGUUUGGAAAUAAUGUUAAUAAUAACAGUGAUGAAACAUGCAAAAUUGUACAGAGUCAUGCUUGAGAUGAAAAUAUCCUGAAGGUUACAUACGUGGUACUUUCAUUUUUUUCUCAAUGUAGAUGCACGAAAAAAGAAAAGUUUUCUUCCCCCGCGCCCCUCAAAAAAGUGACUCGUUGGACUUUUGUGGUACUUUUGUUCAUAUAUUUUUCUUUUCAAUUUUAAAAACUAAUAUUGAAAGGCGCUCCAAUCCUGAAUGCUACUUCAGCACAUAAACGAGGACAAAAUAUUUAUAGGACUUAGUAAAUAAAGCAAAUUAUAUGUAUUAUAAUUAACCCCUGAAACAGAUUCCAAAGAUACUUUUACUUUUUCUUUUGGUUGCAGGGAAAAGAAAUGCACAGAGCUGUUCAUGCAUUUUUUUUUUAAUCUACGCAAGCAAUUGAUUCAAAUGGUCCCUUUAAAGGUUUUGUCUUCAUCCUAUUUUUCUAUUCACCGCACAGGUGAAAUAAAUCAUGAAGAAAUGA